AUGGAAAUCUCUGAGCCGUUCAUCGACCUGCUGCACUGCCCGGUAUGCUUCGACAUAUUCCGCAACCCGAAGUGUCUCAGCUGCGGCCAUUCUCUGUGCGUAGACUGUGUGGACAAGAUCAAGGACAGCAACACUCUGCAUUGUCCUAUCUGUACUGUCGAAAACAGUGCUACUUCUUUACCAGAGAACUUUUCCCUCACAAGUCUGACAGACAUAUACAAGUCAUUCGUCAAUCAGUCGUGCUAUAAAUGCGGCAAGAUCACAAGCGCCGCAGAUCUGUGGAUCUGCGAUCAGUGCGACGUGAAAUUGUACUGCUCGCGAUGCGUGCUCAAGAGCCACAAGUCCUGUCCCGGUACGCCACUGGAAUUUCGAGAAAUCAUGGCUGAGCAUCGGUCGAAAGUAGAGCAAUGGAAGAAUGCCGCCGGCAACAAACUCAUACAGGACAUGAGUGAGAUGUUCGACAGGACGACGGACGCGCUGCAGAGGCUGGACGUCAAAAUCGCCCAGCUGACUAAGCUGGUGAAGAACGUGUCGAAAAAGUUCUCAAUCGCCGUCGACUUCUACAGGCGUCGCUUGAAAAAGUUUCAAGUCAGAUUCGAGGAAACCGACGAAGUAAUUUCUCACCUACCGUUUGACUCGAAGCUGCCCAAUGGUCUGCCGCUGAAAAAUGUAACCGGAGAAAUCGAAGACAUUUCAGUCGACGGCCAAGUUCUAAUGUCUGAUUUGGACGACCUGACGAUCAGAAUUGACUAUUUGAAUUCUCUUCUCGAAACAUCAGCCGAUCGUCUAAAAGAUGUGAUUUUCGUUUAUUUAUCCGAUGACUGUUUUCAAGAAAUAUUUAGUAAAGUGACGCACCUUUAG